AUGGAUAAGCAAGUGUGUGGAAUACUCAUUUCUAUAAGUAACUCGAUUUCCAAAAAAUUGGACAAGAAUAAAAACUAUCAAAUUGUUAUUAAUGAAAGCACUUUAAAUAGGUAUUGUUCUGGUAAUAGUUGUGAUAAUGAUCUCGACAAAAUUAAUGCUGGAUGUUUAUAUUUGCUUGAUUCAUUCUUUAAGGAUUCUUCUGUGUUUAGAUCUUAUGCAAAAAGUAACACCAACAUUGUUGAAUACAUUAUCAUAUGGUUAAGUUAUAUGUUAAACCUAAAAGAACAAUUCGGAAAGACCAAUCUACAAUAUUUUUAUGAAAUAUAUAUACAGGGUGGUGAUCAGUAUAAAAAUUCUAUAACUGGUGUUACGGGGUAUAAUAGUUAUAAGGAUCUUAUAGAUAAUAAAAUUGAUUUGAUAAAUAUGGAUAUGAGCAUUGUACCUAAAUUAUAUGAUGCAUUUUAUACAUUAUGUAUGAUGUAUCUUGAAUUUGAUGAAGAAAGUCGAAAUUGCAGUAAAAAUUCGGGAAGAGCUAAAGAAUUUGUUGAAAAAUAUGAAUAUCUUAAGAAAAAUUAUAGUAUUACUAAAAAUAGUCCAUAUUAUAAAUUAUUGUCUACACUAUCAAAGGAUUAUGAUAAUUUUAAAAAGAAAUGUAGUGAUGUUAGUUGUAAGGAUAUUCCACCCCUUCAAUCAAUUGAAAAAACAGAAAUUAAUGUAAAUUUGUCUGAACAUUCUAAACUGACUUCUGUACAAACUUCUGAAGAUGCAUCAUCAAGUUCGUCGAUAACAAACAAUUUAUUUAUAGUUUUAUCAAUAUUUGGUGCAAUAGCAUUUUUUUUGGGAAUUUCUUAUAAGUAUUCGUUAUUUGGAUUUCGGAAACGAUUUCAAAAACAAAAAUUAAGAGAAAAGCUAAAAAAUAUAAAGAAGAGAAUAAAUCAUUAA